AUGUUAGCAUCAAACCAGCCUAUAACACCAGUGACUUGCAUACGUAAGAGCGAUGCGACGAAGUUGAAAAAAGAUAAGAAAUUGAAACUCUCAGCUGAAACUGAAGAGAUGUCAAAGUUGACAACUGGUGAGCUGCAGCGUUUAUUAUUACUUGAACAAAUUAAGCUAACAAGACUUCAGGCUGAACGUGAACAACUGAUGAUAACGGAGUUAAACCUAAGAGCUGCACAACACAGACGAACAGAGUCCGUUGAACAACGCGUUGUGGUUGAAGAAGACGAUGUCUUAAAAUAA